UGAAGGUUCCGGGUGACGCCUUCGGGUCCGGGGGCGGAUGGUCGCAGUGCUGCUUGGCUGUGAGGAGGAACUGGCAGCCGGGACUCGACUCUUGCAAGGCCUGGAAGGCUGCGCAGCGGAGCCGGAGAGAGGGCUUGGGGUAGGGGGAAAGCCAGGCACAAAGUCUGAUAUGCUCCCGGGAACGUGACCGCUCAGGAAACCGAGGCAGGACCUGGCCGGACCCAGCAAGGGAGCCCGUCGUGGCCAAGCCUAAUUUCCAGCCUCCGGCUAGGCCUCUAUAGAGCCCCUUUUCUGUGUGGCCCCUAUUGCCUGUCGAGGAGAUGGCAUCCCCAAGUCCCCCGCUGGAGCCAAAGGAAGAGUGGGAUUAUCUGGAUCCAGCUCAGAGAAGUCUGUAUAAAGAUGUCAUGAUGGAGAGUUAUGGAAACCUGGUCUCGCUGGAUCCUUUGCUUGGGGGACCUUACUCAGGUCAUCAGCUGCCACUAUGUUAUGAUGUUUUAAACAGAGAUAAGGACGAAGAACCAACUGUGAAACAAGAAAUGGAAGAAAUCGAGGAACACGUGGAACCACAGGGUGUAAUAGUUACAAGAAUCAAAAGUGAAAUUGACCAGGAUCCUAUAGGUAGAGAAACCUUUGAACUUGUUGGUAGGUUAGAUAAACAAAGAGGUAUCUUCUUAUGGGAAAUACCACGGGAAUCUUUGACCCAGGAACAGAAAAUGUUUAGAGGAAACACUAACAUUAUCCGUAAGAGACCAAACUCUGAAGAGAAAUGUCAUAAAUGUGAAGAAUGUGGGAAGGGCUUUGUCCGCAAGGCCCAUUUCAUUCAACAUCAAAGGGUCCAUACUGGUGAGAAACCUUUUCAAUGCAAUGAAUGUGGAAAAAGUUUUAGUCGCAGUUCAUUUGUUAUUGAACAUCAGAGAAUUCACACUGGGGAAAGGCCCUAUGAGUGUAAUUACUGUGGGAAAACCUUCAGUGUGAGCUCAACCCUUAUUAGGCAUCAGAGAAUACACACUGGAGAAAGGCCUUACCAGUGUAAUCAAUGUAAACAGAGCUUCAGCCAGAGAAGAAGCCUUGUAAAACAUCAAAGGAUUCACACAGGUGAGAAACCCCAUAAAUGUAGUGACUGUGGGAAAGCGUUCAGUUGGAAGUCACACCUUAUAGAGCAUCAGAGAACUCACACUGGUGAGAAACCCUAUCACUGUACCAAAUGUAAGAAAAGUUUUAGUCGAAACUCAUUGCUUGUUGAGCACCAGAGAAUUCAUACUGGGGAAAGACCUCAUAAAUGUGGUGAAUGUGGGAAAGCCUUUAGGCUAAGUACAUACCUUAUUCAACACCAAAAAAUCCACACUGGUGAGAAACCUUUUCUUUGUAUUGAAUGUGGAAAAAGCUUCAGUCGGAGCUCCUUCCUUAUUGAACAUCAGAGGAUCCAUACUGGUGAACGGCCUUACCAAUGCAAAGAAUGUGGGAAAAGUUUCAGUCAACUUUGCAACCUUACUCGUCAUCAGAGAAUUCACACAGGAGACAAACCCCACAAAUGUGAGGAAUGUGGAAAAGCCUUCAGUAGAAGCUCAGGUCUUAUUCAGCACCAGAGAAUACACACCAGGGAAAAGACUUACCCAUGUAAUGAAACUAAGGAAAGUUUUGAUCCAACUUGCAGUCUUGUUAUGCAGCAGGAAGCCUACCCUAAGGAAAAAUCUUAUAAAUGUGAUGAAUGUGGGAAAACUUUCAGUGUUAGUGCUCAUCUUGUACAACAUCAAAGGAUCCACACUGGUGAAAAGCCUUACCUGUGUACUGUUUGUGGGAAAAGCUUUAGUCGAAGUUCAUUCCUCAUUGAACAUCAGAGAAUACACACUGGUGAGAGACCUUAUCUGUGUAGACAGUGUGGCAAAAGUUUUAGUCAGCUUUGUAAUCUUAUUCGACAUCAGGGUGUUCACACUGGUAAUAAACCCCAUAAAUGUGAGGAAUGUGGGAAAGCCUUUAGCAGGAACUCUGGUCUUGUUCAACAUCAGAGAAUACACACAGGAGAGAAACCUUAUAGGUGUGAGAAAUGUGACAAAAGUUUUAGUCAGCAACGCAGCCUUGUCAACCAUCAGAAGAGUCACACAGAGGUGAAAACCCAAGAAAUUCAUGAAUGUGAUGCUUGUGGUGAAGCCUUUGAUUGUCAGAUUUCUCUAAUUCAGCAUCAAAAAUUGCAUAUUAUGUGGAUGCAGUAAACUUAGAGACAUUUGUAUGCUCAAAUUUGAGAAUAGCUACCGAAGUGCAGUUAGUGUCAUUCAACAUGGGUCAAUAUUAGUGAUAAAGUAAAUUCUCCUUGGCCUCACACAAAUGGUUUCUGAAUAUUCUGUGAAUAGUAGACAGUGCCCAUGGGCAGUUGACUUAUAAUCACUUUCCUUUCAUAGUCACAGAGAAAAGCUCAUUGAUUUAUAUAAGCGUCUUUAACAUUUCAGUAGAGUUGAACUGAGGUGCAGAGUAUGUGAGAGAUAGUCUGAAGGACAAAGUUAACAAUACAAGGGAACUGGAAGCAGCCGAUAUUUGAAAACUGAGAAUUGUAAUUCAAGGAGUCCUCAAUUACCACCUUAUAGUUGUCUUUCAUUUCCAUAACAUUUGGUUAUACACGGCCAAAACCGUGUGAUAUGUAAGUUGUGCAAAUGCAGAUCCUUUCAAAGCCAGCAUAACAAAGUUUUGUCAUUUAAGAAAGUUGGUUGGCAAUUGAGUUAGUGAAGGCAGACAUAACAGUGCUUCCCAGGCUAAGUGAGUGAAUCAUUAACUUGUAAAGAUAUUUUGUAAGUAAUUGAACCAAUAAAGGUAUUACCAAGGAAUCUUUGGGAGUGCCUUCCCCUGACCUCCAAAAGGUAGAAGAUUCUGGGUUUUUGUGAUGUCCUAUCUGUGAAAGCUAUUUGUAAUACUAUAUGGAUAUAAGCUUAUUCCUGCAUAACCAGGAGCAUGUGAGAGUGUACAUAUUUUGGUUACCAAGAUUUGGAAAUUGAAAAAAGGAAGUUUAUGCUCAGAAUCUGAGAUAUUUUGGAAUUGUUUCAGGUUUAUGGUAGAUUUUGCAUGCAAUUUUUAAAUCCUUGUUUCCAAUUCCAAGGCAUCCCUUAGUUAAUAGUUACACAUCUAUCCAUCUAUUUUAGUCAUUAAAAAUGAUUUGGGAUUUU